UCAUGCUGCUGCCAGGUCCAGAGUGUGUCAUGGGUCCCUGUACGGCCUCCCAUUGCUGCUGUCUCCAUCGCCACACUCUGCCAUGUGCCACUUUCAGGUCUCCUCACAUUGCUGGUGGGUUCCAUUUUGUCAUAGGGUGCUGGCAGAUUACGGGCCUCCCAUUGCUGCUGCCAGGCCCGUAAUCUGUCAUGGGCCCCCGUACCGCCUCCUCAUGCUGCUGCCAGGUCCAGAGUGUCUCAUGGGUCCCUGUACGGCCUCCCAUUGCUGCUGUCUCCAUCGCCACACUCUGCCAUGUGCCACUUUCAGGUCUCCUCACACUGCUGGUGGGUUCCAUUUUGUC